GUCCAGGUGAUCAUGCUCUUCUGUGUGUCAGAGUUAACAACGUAGCAGUAGCUGUUGGAAAAGAAGCUAAACUCCACCUAUUCCAAGCCCAGGAAUGGCUGAAGCUGCAGGAAAACAGUAAUGGUUAUAGUUGUAGCGAAAAAUUAUCCAAAGCUCAGUUGACAAUGACCAUGAAUCAGACUGAACAUAAUCUGACAGUAUCCCAGAUUCCGUAUCCACAAACAUGGCACGUAUUUUAUGCAGACAAGUAUACGUGCAAAGAUGACAAUGAGAAUUCUCAGGUGGAAGAUAUACCAUUUGAAAUGAUGUUACUAAACCCGGAUGCUGAAGGGAAUCCACUUGAUCAUUUUAGUGCUGGAGAAUCUGGGUUACAUGAGUUCUUUUUCCUCCUAGUCCUAGUGUACUUUGUGAUUGCUUGCAUUUAUGCUCAAUCAUUGUGGCAGGCUAUUAAUAAAGGAGGACCCAUGCACAUGAUUUUAAAGGUUCUGACAACUGCAUUGCUGUUACAAGCUGGUUCAGCUUUAGCUAAUUACAUUCAUUUCUCCAGUUACUCCAAAGAUGGAAUAGGGUUACCUUUUAUGGGAAGUUUGGCAGAAGUUUUUGACAUCACUUCCCAAAUUCACAUGUUAUUCCUACUUCUGAGUCUGUGCAUGGGCUGGACAAUAGUCAGAAUGAAGAAGUCUCAGAGCAGACCUCUGCAGUGGGAUUCCACUCCUGCAUCCACUGGCAUUGCCGUGUUCAUUGUCAUAACACAGAGUAUUUUGCUACUUUGGGAACAGUUUGAAGAGACCAGUCCUCACAGCUAUUAUUCACACCACAACUUAGCAGGGAUCCUGCUAAUCAUUUUAAGAAUUUGCCUGGCAUUGUCAUUAGGUUGUGGACUCUACCAGAUCAUCACAGUGGAGAGGAGUACCCUGAAAAGAGAGUUCUACAUCACUUUCGCCAAAGGCUGUGUCUUGUGGUUUUUAUGCCACCCAGUUCUUGCAUGCAUAUCUUUCAUGUUUAAUGACUACCAAAGAGAUAAGGUUAUUACAAUAGGUGUUAUCCUUUGCCAGUCUGUUUCCAUGGUUAUUCUUUACAGACUCUUUCUGUCCCACAGUCUGUACUGGGAAGUUUCUUCACUCUCCUCAGUAACACUACCACUGACCAUAUCCUCUGGACACAAAAGUCGGCCUCACUUCUGAUACUUGAUUUUCUUUAAGGAAAAGUGAAUUGAUUAAACAGAGUGCAAUAAGGAUCCAAAUACACUGACUUUUUUUUCAUACUUUGGUAUGAAAAAUUGAACAUAGAGAGCAGAGCAUGUUAUUUAUACAACUGCAUUUAAGCAGUACCAAAACUGAAAAAGGAAAUAAAUGAAAUGUUUUGAAAAAUACUUAAACUUUGAAGAGUAUUGUUAUAAGGUGAUUUAUGUGAUUUCCAUGUGGAAAUAAAGAUGGAAAAGAAUUAUAUGAUAUUUUGGUAAGAGAUUCACCACUUAUAAUGCCUCAUUUUAUGUCAAUAGUUAACUCAGGUUUGAUAGUCUUAUAAAAAGUAAUCAGUUAAAUGAUUACUUGCUUAUACAUAUCUGAACUAAGUCCAGUUAUGAAAUCAGUUUAGUAUACUGAUUAAAAACUGCUUCUUUUUAAUGCUUUAAAGAAAAUGCAUUUCAUAUUGGAGUUUAAAGGAAUUGAAAGUAAAAUUCAGAAAAUAAAUAUAAAUUAUAUUCAUAGUUAAAUGAAUAAGCUUUUGUUCAUUUGUGGGUGGGGGUUUUCUCCAUUUUCUUCUAUCAUUUUGCUCUAAUUCCAGUUUUAGUUUGAUUAGCAAAGAGUUUUGGACAGUUUAUGAAAAAUAAAAUUAGAUAUAUUACAUGUGUUUUAAGGACAAAGGGCUUUAAAACUUGAGUAUUUAGGUAAAGGGACAAGCAGUUUUACAUGUUAAAAAAGAAAGAAGGAAAAAAUACUGUGUGAUAUGGUACUAAUUUAAUCCUGAUAUAAUUCAUUUCUCUUACAUUGAAUCCCCAAUCAUAAUUAAGCCAUAUACACAGAUUAAAUUAACAGAAGCAUUUCACAUAAAUGUUGGUUUCAGUCAUCAACUACCUAUGAAUUCCUGCCCAAGGAUACUUAAUCAGGAUUAAAUUUUCUAUGAAUAAUUGAAAAACAAAAUACUCACUGGAUUUGUUAUAAUCCAUAUUGGCAAUGGAAUCUAAGUAGUUGCCAUCUUGAAUCCUUAGUAAUAAAGCAAUAUUUUUGUGUGUCUGUGAUGCCCUUGUAUUGAAUAUGAUAGCUAAAAAGUACUCUAUCAAGUGCCUGUUUAAAGAAUUGCUAAAUGGUUGUUAAAACCUGCUAUUAUAUAAAAUGAGUAUUCCCAUUAAUGGUCACUGA